GAGUGAGUGUGUGUGUGCGUGUGUGUGUGUGAGAUAGAGAGAAAGAGACGGUAAGAGAGAGAAUGGGAGGCAGCUUCACCCACCCAGACUGGGAGGAGGGGAGGACAGACAGCGUGCCCGUCCCUCUAACAGACAGAGGUGAAAGGAAAGUGGGAAUGAGAGACAGACGUGAGGGGAGAAGAGGCGCACAAUGAAGGAGUGCCAUUGUCCAUCCUGGCAGCACUGCCAUUUCACCAUCUGCUGAGAGAGAAAGAGAGAGAGAGAGAGGAGGAGGAGGAGAAGUAAAGAGAAGAGGAGGCAGCCAAACGGAGGAGAGGAUAGAUGGAGAGAAGCUGCCGGCAGUGACUUUGUGAAUUAAUCGAGCGGAAGAGCGGAUCAGAGGAGAAGCACGUUUUUCAGGGAGUGGACGGACGGAGAGCCAGAAAGAGGAAGGAGAGGACGGAUGACCGGACAGUCAGAGGCUGUUUAAACAUUAAUGUGGUUCUCAUGUGAAUAUGGAGCCCAGCUUUAGAUGAUUCACAGUGGAUUAUCAACUGUAUGCUUUUUAAAACCAAAAAACAAAAGAGAGGAACUAUUAAUGCUUUGCCAUUCAUGAAAACAAAGAAAGAACUCUUAGGGAAAUUGAUCAGACUCACUUUAUACAGAACAAUUUCAGUGACUUUUUUUUUGUUUGUUUUUUGUAAAGAUAGACUCUCUUUGUGACUUCUGAUUUUCUAUUCUCUAAGAGCAUACCCUGCAGGAUGUUAUACAAUCAUUUGUUAGCUGCUGCACAGAAUAUUCAGGUUGUUUUUAUGCAACUUUUCUAAACAUCAAUGUUGUCCUUUAGAAGUGAAUGCUCAGUGUAGUUGUUGUUGUUUAUACUGUUAUUAGGAACGUGAUUGUUGUCCUUUAGAAAUAAUAUCAUACAGUUUCACAUGCCCUAGUUGGAGUCAGUGCAUGCAGCCGACAUGGGAUGUCAACAUUGAUUGGGUUUUAUGGCUGGCGUGAUGCCGGUCAAACUUUGAUCAUUUCCUGAAACCUAUUGAUCUUUCUAGGAUGCUUUAGUUUUUUCCUCCUGUUGGCUAAAAAAAAAGAAAAAGCUCUAAAGUGGAGCCUUUGAUGCAGCAACUAAUUGCUGUCUUGUGAUUUGACAAAGCAGUUAUCUCUUUGUCUGAAGAUUUCUGCGGUUGUCGGGACUUCUCAGUAUAUAUCCUCCGCAGGCAUCUCUUUUAAUGUCUGUUGCCAUAGCAACGGGCAGCAGCUGCAGACUGAACAAGAUGUAAAGUUCCUUUUUCUUGUCUUAUCUUUUAAAACUGGUGCUUUUCCAUUAGGUAAUUGUAUAUAUUUAGUAGAUAAGAGGCAGUGGAAUUGAUAAGUCCAAGGUUGUGUGCAGUUUUUAAGACUUUCAUCCUCAGACGGGAUUGUUCUCUUUCUUUACUAGACAGUCUUUGUCUAUGCGGAGCUCGGGGAGACUCCGAGAAUCAGGGUUGUUUCAGGUCACCUGUCUCCCCCUCCCCAUUCUGUGUAGUAGUCUGCGAUUCAGCCCAGCUCGGCUUGUCCUGAUCUCACCUUUUGUCAACGGCAACUACCAUCUUCAUCAGUCAAGCUGAUGUGCCAUUAUCAGGAAUGGCUGGAUAAAUUAGAUUAUCAGACUGGUUUCACUUGUACAUAUCACUCUGUGCAGCUGCUUGGCCCCGGGGCCACUAAUCACCGAUCAUUAGGUGUGCUGUGUUUGUGACAGUCUGUUCCUUUUUCCGUCUGUGUAGGUGACUCAGGAUUUCUCCUCAUGUAGAGGGUCAUUUCCUCUGCAGUCACCUGACCUGACCUACACUGUGUUCUGUGCACUAAAACAUCCUCGGGCAAGGCAAGGGUUAACUCUGCUUUUAGACCAGUGUCUCAGUGUAUGGGAACACACCUGGAUUUUCCCCCUCUAUUGUCCAUUUCUGUUGGAUCUUUUGCCUUUUUUUAAAGUGCUAAUUCCCUCUUUAGGCUAAUUUCUGGUUUUUACUAGGGGUGUGGCUGACUGUUGUGUUUGUUCUGCAUGCUCUUGAUUGUCCAAAUACCGCGUGUCUUUUGUGACUUUUCCAGCCAUACUUCUUUACAGCUUUCUGGAGAUCAUCCCAGCCUGUCUGGCAGUGUGAGAGUGUGACUGGAUCCUCCAUGGUGCUUUUUGGCCAAGACCAGAUGGAUGACUAGCUAGAAUUGCUAGACAAUCCCCCUGUGGUGCUAGACUGGUGUAGGCGACUGUUCCUUUGCCAUGCGUCCAGCGCCCACUACAAGCUGGUCCGCUGUAUUUCAGACUCAGUUAAGUCUUGAAAUGUUAGUGUGUGGAAAAAUCAACCUUCCCACUUGGAAUCACUGAGACAUCGGUGCCAAAUUUACAGCAUUGUGUAAGUGGUCUGAGCAAGGAGUGUUUAAACCUUGCUCUCCUUCGAGGGAGUAAAGGUCAAGAGAUUGUAAAUAUGACUAGUGCCUGAACAGCACUGAGGUGUAGGCCAGCCAGCUUGCUGCAGGACCGUAGGUGUAGCCUUGCCUCCUCCUGAGGUCAAACUGCUGCCGACUGUUUUGUUUGUGGGACUCUGCGAGAGACUGUUACCGUAAACAGACUGUUGUUUGCCUUCUAGGUUGGACUAUGCAGAAUGUGAGAUGCUGCGUGGCGUCUGUACAGUAGUUUGUAAUCGAACUGAGAGCUAACCUGCUGCUUGACAAGCCCUGCCUUAGAUAAGGAAGGAAGUGGUUCCAGAGUGUAACCCUUGGCUUGUUCAUAUCAUAUGGGGCUGUGUCAACGCUCUUCUCUCAGGUAACUGACUAUAAUCUGGGCUUUGUUAUUUGAACCUGGCAAAAAUAAAGUAACAGGGUGAGAAGAGAGGCGCACAGAGAGAUCAGCUUAACAACAGAGUGCAGUUUUAAUUGAGCAUUUCCAGCUGGGUGAGCGAGUUCACGUUCAACUCUGAUGAGCCUCCAGCACCAUUCAGGGAACCCUGGGCUGGGAGUUCAAACCGGACAAAUCAGGUCUCAUUACCAUCACAACAAGCCCACCGGUAGUCGUCAUCAGCCAAUGACCUACAUUCUCUGGUGUUACAUCACCACCGUGCUACUGCAGUGUGUGUCACUGUACCAGACGUAGACAACAUCUCAGACUUAACCUACCACUAUCUAAUGGUGCUCCAGAAAAAAACAUCCUAACCGAGGUGGCCAGAACACACUUGAACCAAGGCAGCCUCGCUUGUUUUAGCCAUAUCAGGAACUUCAGUCAGGAACGGGCCCCGACUCUGCCGGCCCAGUCUUAACUUUUUUUUCUUUCUGUUUUUCAACUGGUGUCUAAAUAGGUGACCAUGCCUAGCCUCUAGCCAUCCCUAAUAUCAAAGUUAGAGAGGCAGAAAGACAGGGAUCACCAUUAAUAUAUUAGACAAGGGGACUGUUAAACAGGACAGCCUGGAGAACGGGAGAGCAGACGAGGGAGGGGGUGAGGGGGAGCGAGAGAUCAUCUGGAAGAGGAGAGAGGAAGUGGUGGCGCGGGAGAGGGCGGAGGCAUUGGAGAGACAGAGAUUGGCAGACUAUAUUGUGUGGAGGAAGAGAGAGGGCUUCCAAGAGAAGAGAGGAGACAGAGAGAAGGGAGGAAAGAGUGCAGAGAAAGGGAACGAGGCUGUGCCAGAAGUGAUCUGGAAGAGGAGAGAAGAGGAGGAAGAAGGGAGGGAGAGAGCGAGGGCCAUUCAGAGAGGACAUGAAACCAUUUGGAGGAAGAGAGAGAGGGAGUAAAAGAGGAAUCCGCUGAAAGAUUUGAGAGUACGAUGCCCUUGAGAAGUAGGUGUUAAAGGAAGCGUGCUACGUUGGAUACUAGCCAUACGUCAGUAAGCCUCCUCUCUCUUCUUUAGCAGUUCUGGGCUUCAUUGAGCUCUGCAGGUGCUCACUGUAGUAUCGACCAAUUGGAGCCGUGCAUUGUGUGUGUGUGUGUGUGUGUGUGUGUGUGUUGCUGCCGUGCUCGUGCGUGCAGCCCCCCUUGCGAUCCCCUCGUUGGCUGCUAAUAGGAUUUUUAUGGGCCCGUGUCAAGCAGGAUAGAGCUGCCAAGGGGAGCCGCUUCACACAUGCAUGCAUGUGCGCGCGCCAACACACAUUUACACAGAUAAUCUAAGAAGCAUUGUGGGCAGGGAAGGUUUAUACUGCCUCACACGCAUGUAAACACAUCACAUACAAGAAUGCACCCCUCAGUGCAGUAGGACGCAUAUGCGAGGGGGGCAUUGAGAGACAAUCACUUGUGUUGAUUCUCCAUGGUGCUGCCGACAGCUGGAUAACCGGCCCUCACUGAGAGGCUAUUAAGUUGGGAGAAGAUACUCACAGAUAUUGUUUUACAUUAUGGCAAAAACACCAAGAUGAACACUUUCUGGAGAGCUAAGAUCGUGUCGUCAUCAUCAGUCCCUGGGAACACAAUUAACACUGAUGCAGAUUUAAAAGUGAACUGAUGACAACAUGAUCCGCACUGGUGCACUACUAACAAACUUUUUUCAUCUGCAUUCCAACCUUAACUGGGACACCCCACUUUUCCUCUGCGCCUCUCCUCAUUCUGCUUUCAUUGUGGGUAAAGCCGUUUGUAAAGCAGUUUGGUUUCGGCUGCCUGGUGAUGAGCGGAGGACAGACAACCAGACAGAUGGAUGCGGCUCUUACGCUGAGGGAGACAGACAGAUGGCUGUGUGUCCUUUUAGAGAAAAACUUUGAAUACUGAGACAAAGAGACUUUGAUUGAAUCACUAGAGCCUGUGUGGACUUGUGCGGAUAUAAAAACUGACGCUGCAGAUUCAUUAUGGAGCUUGUCCCAAAAACCAAGUACACCCACUUUCGGAGUGAAUCGCUGAGCUCAACUGAUGAAACAAACUCCAAUCCAUCACCGUUCCCUCCUUCCAGUCCUGCCACCCCGCUCACUCCCUCCCCUGGUUUACCUUCUUCUCUCUCCUCCUCGUCUCUCACUCCCAUCUUGCCCCCCUCUUCUCCCCGCCCGGCUGAGAACAGCCCCACCACCCUCUGCUCCUUCUUCCCCAGGAUGGGAUCCCUUCGCCUGGGCGUCUCUGCCACCCUUCUCCCAGGACUCAAGGCCUCAAGCAGGCCGCAGCAGCCUCAAGCGCCUGUUGAGUCCUCCGGGGACGACCGGAGCAGCUCUAGCUCCUCCCCUCCGUUUCAUCACCCCAUUCCCCCUUUAACCGCUCCUUCUCCCCCUCCCCGACCUCCUCUGCAGGACAUGAACCGGCUGGGAGUGGCGGCCAGGAGGGCACGGGUGGAAGGAGGGCAGCUGGGAGGAGAUGAGUGGACGCGCCAUGGCUCCUUUGUCAACAAGCCCACCCGCGGCUGGCUGCACUCCGACAGUGUGGUCAGCACCACCGGUGUUUCAUACAGUGUACGGUACAUGGGCUGUGUGGAGGUGCUACAGUCAAUGCGAGCGCUGGACUUCAACACCAGAACUCAGGUCACCAGGGAGGCCAUCUCUGUGGUGUGCGAGGCCGUGCCCGGAGCCAAAGGAGCCCAGCGCAGGAGAAAGCCCUCCUCUCGCUGUAUGACGUCCAUCCUGGGGAAGAGUAACCUGCAGUUUGCCGGCAUGACAAUCAGCCUCACCAUCUCGACCAGCAGCCUCAACCUGCUGGCCUCCGACUGCAAACAGAUAAUCGCCAAUCAUCACAUGCAGUCCAUCUCCUUCGCCUCUGGAGGAGACCCAGAUACAGCUGAGUACGUAGCAUAUGUGGCCAAAGAUCCAGUCAACCAGAGAGCAUGUCACAUCCUGGAGUGUUCAGAGGGUUUAGCCCAGGAAGUCAUCAGCACCAUCGGCCAGGCCUUUGAACUGCGCUUUAAACAGUACCUAAAGAAUCCCCCUAAACUGGUCACACCUCAUGACAGAAUGGCUCCGUUUGACGGCUCUGCAUGGGAGGAAGAAGACGAUGAGGCUGCUCCACCUCCUGACGUCCCGUACUAUAAUAAUUUUCCUGGAAAACAGCCUCCCCCUGGUGGACUGAUUGACAUGAGGACCCGCCCAGGUGCCACGCUGCCGUAUGGACAGCCAGGCCAGAAUGACAUUCACAAGCAGCCUCUGCCGCCUCUACCAGUGGGUGCCAAAGAAGGGGGACGGGAACUGUUCGAUGACCCUUCAUACGUCAAUGUGGACAAACCCCGCCCCCCAGUUGCAGCUAAUGGAAAUGCUCACAGAGAUGCUUUUGACAUGAAGCCGUUCGAUGAUGCCCUGGGAGUGUCUGGGCACGGUGGCCCGAGCUCAGCGACAGCAGCGCCCCCUCUGGUGCAGCAGCUGCAGUGCGAGGCCUGGUUCCACGGUAGCUUAAGUCGCAGGGAAGCGGAGAGGCUGCUGACCCGUGACGGGGACUUCCUGGUGCGAGAGUCCGGGACCACGCCCGGACAGUACGUCCUCACCGGACAGCAGGGCGGUCAGCCCAAACACCUGCUACUAGUUGAUCCAGAAGGAGUGGUCCGUACAAAAGACCAUCGGUUUGAAAGCGUGAGUCACCUGAUCAGUUACCACAUGGACAACAGACUCCCCAUCGUAUCAGCUGGUAGCGAAGUGUGUCUGCAACAGCCAGUAGAGCGCAGGGCCUGACGUCACACACGCCAAUGAAAUACUCCACCAAAUACACACACACACACACACACACACUCCUGCAGCAAUUCAACACAAGACAAACACACCUGCAUUAUGCUAUAAUACACACAGCAACACUACACUUACCAUGCACACAUACAUAUACAAGAUUCCACAUGCACACACACCAUUUGCAAAGAAAGCCAAAAAAAGAAAGAAAAAUCACUAGUUUCUCUGUAAAAUCACUCACUUGCUGCUGAUGCCACAUAUUUCUGUCCUUUCUGAAAGCCAAACUGUGACCUGCAGUCUUCGACCCCCCCCCCCUCUUCCAAAACUAUCAGGUGCAUCCCUCCACAAUGGAGAAGCACUGCUGCAAUUUCUCAACAGCCUACUGUGAACCAGGGAGGAGCCCUUUCAGAACGGGGCAGAAAAUAAAUGCUUUUUUUUUUCUUUUGUUACGAGAAAAAAAAACAACCUUAACAUGCGAUUUAUGAAAAAUAAAAAAAUGGACACUUUACUAAUACAUGAAUCCUUGUACAAAAAGAAAUGUGGAACUGAAAAGUGAAGAAAGGAGCAUAAAUGGGACUCGGAAAUAAGAUUUGCAGUGCUUGUAAGCAUGUGUCAUUUCUUACGGGGAGCUGAUUUCCCUCCUCACACUGUUGCUGGAGCAUAUCAGGCAAAUCACAGACUGGAUGGCGAUUGUUCUUUGUAUCACAGACUGAACCGGGCUCGAACAUAAACUCUCCCCUUCAAGUGUCACUGGAGCACUUAAGCAGCAAACCUGACUUUGAAAAAAAAAAAAAUCUGCCUGGUGAAUAUGCAUAAAUGUGUUUGCUUCCAAUCUAAUCAGGAGGGCCACCCUCCCCCUGACCACUCCCCUUUGAGGACGUUUGAACUUUGACCCCUGGAGUGAUACCUGGUGAUGAUGAAAGCCUGUAUGCAAAACUUGGGGACUGCUAUGCCAAUGAUGAUGUUCUCUUUUUUUUCUGUUAUCUCGGGAUUCAUUACUUGUCGGACACUCUGAGUUCAGGAGGAUCUAAACAGCUGUAUCUCCCUAAUCCCUCCAUAAACACAGAUGCACAUACACCUUUACACCACGCACGGCCCGCACCACCUGUCAUGCCAAAGAUCAUGAACUCGGUCGCUAACAGCAGAGAAAGCCAUGACGAUUAUCAGCAGUUAUCUGUUUUGUGUGCUUACAGCAUUGCGUGCAAGUUUAGACUUGGAUUGCAUAAUGGAACGGGCCUGUUUUAGAGGGGAGAAGGAUCUAGGUGAUUGUGCCUGAGUACAUCAACAAAAAGGAGAUUUUUAAAGUUCAUUGAUGUCACCCACAAACACAGAUACAAGUAUAUGUUGAGAGGCAUAGACCUGAUGCUUUUCCUUAGCAUGUGUUUGCACUGACAAUCUAUGGGUUAUAUCUUUUAAAGAGGAUUCUGACUGAAAGCAAAGGAAAGCAGAUAAAGAAGACCCCUUUAAACUACGGCCAAUGAGAAAUGUUGAACAGUCUGAGCGCGAUGAAUUCCCCUCUGCAAAAAUGAUGCAAAAUAUGUCAUCGUAAUGGUUAGGUAAUUAUGUGUAUCAUGAUGUUGCUUUAUUUUUUAAUCACUUGAGGGAAUAAUGUCCUUUAACAAAAGAAAAAAAGAAAAAAAGAAAUGGUUCGGGGUAACUGAACAUAAGGACAUAAAUGUUUCUGGAGCAUUGCUAAUGUUAAAGCCAAAUGUUGCUCCUCAGUGUGCUGUUUUCACAAACUUUUGAGGAUCUGAGGGGGGGAGAAGUUCACGCUAUUGUUUCUCCUUUACUCUUCCUCCUCCCUCAGUUCAUGAUGUUUUUUUUAUAUAUAUAUAUGUUUUUAAUUGUGCCUUGUUUCUUCAAUGCAGUCACAUCACUUCAAUGCAGUCACCUUAUGUACUUAAUUCAAAUGUAGUGGACUACAGGAGAAUCUUACACAAGCCUCUCAGUUAAACAAAGACUUGCAAAAAUGACACUCCAAUAAACACAUGCGAACAGA